AUGUCUUCCGUCAAUAUCCAGAAGACCAUCCUCCUCGUCUUCAUUCACGGCUUCAAAGGAAAUGACCACACCUUCCAGAAGUUCCCCCAAGACCUACGAGCUCUCAUCGCACAUACCUUACCGCAGCUCAAUGUUGUCAGCAUCGUAUAUCCACAGUAUGAGACGAAGGGAGACUUGAAAGAAUGUGUGGCUCGAUUCAAGGAAUGGCUCAUCGAUAAAGUCAUCGACCUUGAAGUCGAGGCUCGUACACCUUCUCCAACAGUCGAUCCUUCCGUUCGUGUCAUCCUCUGCGGUCAUUCCAUGGGCGGUAUCGUCGCAGCAGAAGCACUCCUCAGCAUAGCUGCCGACGCACCUAUUCCACCGUCCUGGUCAUCAUCUAACAGCACGGAUACAACAUCCAAUACGACGGCCAGUGCCACGGCAGGAACAUCUUCUCCUCCUCUUGACCCUUCGAAUCUCUUCUUUCCCUACAUACAAGCCCUACUAACCUUCGACACGCCUUUUCUCGGUCUGAAUCCGGGCAUCAUCGCGCACAACGCCGAGCAAAGCGGCACGACCGCGUACGACGCCUAUACCACAGCCUCGAAACUAUUUGGUCGAGAGUCUGCUACCUCAUCUGGUGCGACGGAACCCGAUCCGGCUGUGGCCGCCAGCAAGGGUCUGCCUUCUCCCUCAUCGACGGACACAGCAGCUGCUGUACAGCCGGGAGCGCACUGGCUGAGGAAAUACGCAAUAUAUACUGGUGCUGCUGCUGCGAUCGCUGGAAUGGCAGGUGCGACCUAUUACAAUUGGUCGCAUAUAAAUAAUGGACUGUCAUGGGCCGGAUCACACUUGCAAUUCGUCGGCUGUCUGGCGCGCGGAGCGGAACUCCAGAAGCGGGUAGAACACGUUGUUCGAUUGAGCCAGCAACGUGGUGUGGCAUUCGCGAACUUUUACGGGGCACUCGGGGAGGACGUCGAGGGUGGAAAGUACUAUGGCGGACUCGUGGAGGGCACCGCAAAAUCGGAGCGGACCUUUUGCAUCGUGCCCAGGAAGCCUCAGUGGGUCAAGUGCGUCAAUCCCGCUGCUACGGAUGAAGUGCAAGCGCAUACCGCCAUGUUCGAGGCGGGUAAGAAUCCAGAUUACCAUGGGAUGUUGCCGAGGGCGAGAGACUGGAUUGUGGAGGUUGUGAGAGGAACCGAGUGGUAUGGAAGCGAGACUGAAGUUGGUUUGGGCUUCGACCUGGGGGAGGACGAGGACGAAGCGGAUGAAGAGAAAACACCUGAAGAGGGCAGUGCGAUGACAGGGGUGGAGAGACAGUCGGACGAUGAGGAGGAGGAACACACACAGCAUUGA